AUGGCGGCCACCGUUCAGGUGGAGAGCCCUCAACAGCUCAUCGACUUCUUGACCUUCGCCGUCGGAACUAUGGGUGGAAUCGUUAACAGAAUGACUGAACAAAUCAUUUCGGGUGUCGUUAUGCCUACCGAUCGGUCAAAGGCCUGGAAUUUGGAUUAUAGUGUAGAAGUGCCCGAUGAGGACGAGGAGCCGGACUACAUAAUGGACAGCAAGACGUCAAUCAGCGACGCCCUCGAGAAAGCUGUCAUCCAAUCGGAACGAAAAGGGGCCGAACUCCAGAUCCGGGCUAUGAUUGAGUUGACCAUCAAAUUGGUGCUCUCUAUGCUCAGGAACAUCGUUGUCGGCGAAAAGCCCAUUGAGUUCGUAGCCCCCAGUGGGCUCACCCUCACGAUCGCGAUGUAUUCAAAGGGUUCGCUAUCCAACCAAACCAUACAACACGGCGACGCUGUCUAUGUGUUUCCCGAUGUGUGCGAUAUAUUAGCCAAUAGUGGGGACCAGUGUCUGGGAAACGAGACAUUGGGAACAUUGGCAGUCUCAUGGCCUGCUAUACUCGAGUCGUACGGAAAUAGUGUAGACCUGUUGUCGGCCGACACAAAGACACUGCAAUUAUUGGUACUCAACGAAAGCCUACACAUACUGGAGGUGCGGAACACCAGCAAACCGUUUAGUAUAAUAGUGCCCCGAAAUGGCGCCGACGGGUCGGAAGGCAGUCAAGCUCUGCCCGACCCGACGUACGUACAGCCGAAGAUCAAAUGGUACGAACAGAUGGUUUACCACCAGUUUAUGAUCGAGAAGUCAGAUUCUGCGGUUAAUAUAGAGGUGGGCCCCACCAACCCUAACGCUGAGGUACUGCUGUUCAUUAAGUAUCUCCACAAACCGAUGUACGACUACUACGACAUACUCAUACCUCUGAGGGCUAUUAAGUCCCGGUUCACCGACACGUACGACAUAUUCCUGUCCAAUGAGAUCAUCAACAAUAGGACCGGAUUUUUCUACGUCGGUGUGGUUGAGGUGAACCGCACAGAGCUGUUGAGGUCCAGUGAGGCCUACCUUCUCGACGAGAUUAUUGUCAAUGAAAAUAACUCUUUGACUAACUAUACGGCCGGUGUCUCUAAUUACACCCUUCCGGGCAUUACCAGAGAUUUCAGCACUAAUUACUCGAUGAGGAUCUUCACGUCCGGCUGUUAUUUCUAUGACUACCACAAGAAGAUCUGGUCAGCAGAUGGAUGCCAUGUGGAGUCGGCCAACCAGUUGAUGACACAUUGCAAAUGCAACCAUUUGACCUCAUUUGGCUCCGGGUUCUUCAUUCAGCCCAACUCUAUAGACUUCUCUUAUGUCUUCGCGAACGCCGGGUUCGCCGACAACGUAACCAUUUAUAUGACAAUCGCUAUAACGAUGUUAUUAUACGUAAUACUAUUAAUAUGGGCGCGACGUGAGGACCGACUCGAUCUGACCCGAAUCGGGGCCACACCUCUGCCCGACAACGACCCCACCUCUAAAUACCUCUACGAGAUUACGGUGUUUACCGGCGACCGGGACGCGGCCGCCACCGACUCCAAGGUUUACUUCAUACUGUCCGGCGAUGACGACGAGACCGAAGUCCGACACUUCGAGGACCCGAACCGCAAGAUAUUCCGCAUGGGAGCCAACGACUCGUUUGUGAUGGCUGUGCCCCGCAAGUUGGGUCGACUCAACUACUGUCGCAUAUGGCACGACAACUCCGGCUCCGGUAAAUUCAGGUCGUGGUUCCUGUCGUUCAUUGUGGUCAGGGAUGUGCAGACGGGCGAGAAGUACGAGUUUAUAUGCAAUAAGUGGUUGGCUGUGGAGAAGGACGACGGCAUAGUGGACAGGCUGUUGCCAGUGGCCGGCAGGGGUGAGGCCACAGAGUUCACGCAUCUGUUCAAUCAGACGACACAGAAAAACCUGGCCGACGGUCACCUGUGGUUCUCUGUGUUCAUGAGACCCCCGCGCUCUCGGUUUACACGCGUACAGCGGGUGUCCUGUUGUAUGGCUCUCCUAUACCUAUCAAUGCUGGUGAACGCCAUGUGGUACGAGAGGGUGCCUCCCAAGCCGUCCAGUGGUCUCGACUUCGGGCCCUUCACGCUAUCGCCCGAACAGAUAGGCGUCGGCUUCUUCUCCAACCUAAUCGUCUUUCCGCCGACUUUUAUAAUCAUAUUCUUCUUCCGCAAGAGUCGACUCCGACAGUUGAGACCCUCGAGGAUCAGCGAAGCCCUUAAGAAGCAGAAUAUAUCGCACCGUCAGGGCAGCGCCGGUAGUCAGCGAUCUAUAAUCAGUUCCAACAAUAAUAAGAUCGGCUCUAAUGUCACGCUCUGUGCCGUCGAUGAGCCUAAAGAUCGCCAGAAUUCGUUUGAAAUGUUUGAGAAGCGCUCGACGACCAAGAAGUUGGCGAAGAAGAAGCCUAAGCUUACCCUUCCCUACUGGUGCCGAUACGUGGGUUGGGCCCUGUGUUUCGUGUCCAUCGCGGUGUCGGUGUUCUUCUUGUGGGCGUAUGGCAUACAGUUUGGUGACGAGAAGACCAAGAAGUGGAUCACUUCACUCAUCAUCUCGUUCUUCGCGUCCAUUUUAGUCACACAACCGGUCAAAGUGUUCAUAACAGCCAUGAUUUUGUCGACUCUAUUCAAGUCGCCCGACAAUGAUGUGGACGACUCGGAGGACGACGAAGAGGAUGUGGACAUAGAUCUGCUCGAAGACGAGGAAUGGCUGCACUGUUCGACGCCCGCCCGCAAGAAGGACAGGUCUCGGGUCUAUCGGCCUCCGAAUAUGACUUCUCUCGAGCGGACAAAACUCCAGAGACUCAAAGAGCUGAAGAUGUCGGCGAUUCUCAAAGACAUCGGUUCUUACCUAUUCUUCCUAUGGAUCCUAACUGUUGUCAGUUAUGGUAAUAGAGAUCCGAAUGCAUUCCUCAUGAAAGAGACAUUAGUGAAGACGUUUGUGGACGGAACCAAUGGCGGCCAGAACUUCUUGGCUGUCAAGGACGCCAACCAGUUGUGGUCGUGGAGUAACUCCACUCUAAUACCCGGCUUAUUGAUUGGCGAUUGGUAUAACGGAUACAAAUCCUACGGAUUGCGAGGUUUCCUAAACGAUAGGGUGAACCGAAUGAUGGGUUACGGAGUGCUCCGUCAGGUCCGCAUUAAACCGCAGACCUGUCAGGUGGACAGUCGUCUCCGGCCGCUGACCACCAGUACGUGUCGAGCGUUCGCUAAUAUGAUUAAUGAGGACCGCAAGAGCUAUAGAGUCGGUUGGACUCAGGAGUCGGAUCUCUCGUAUGUCAACGAAUCACUUCCGAUGAGCCGAAGCGGAAACCUGAACCCAUCCCGCAGUAAGAAAGACGAAUGGAAUUACCGAAAGCCAUCCGAGUUGGACGGACUGCCCUUCUGGGGUCGCCGAAGCGGAAACCUGAACCCAUCCCGCAGUAAGAAAGACGAAUGGAAUUACCGAAAGCCAUCCGAGUUGGACGGACUGCCCUUCUGGGGAAAACUCGAUGUCUAUAGCGGAGGCGGUUUUGUGAUCGCUUUGAAGGGCUCGCGAGAGGAACUGUCGGACAAAAUAAAAUCUCUGAAGCAAACCCAAUGGAUUGACGGUCGAUCCCGGGCCAUAUUUGCCGAGUUCUCGGUGUACAACGCCCAGGUGAACCUGUUUGGCAUCGUAUCCAUGGUGGCCGAGUUCCAGCCAGGUGGUGGCAUCAUUCCCAACUAUCGCAUUGAUGUGGUCCGCCUUAUGCGGUACCACCAGGGCUUCGGUCUAUUCAUCAUUCUCUGUGAACUCACUUAUGUCGGAUUCAUUGUCUUCUUUACGGUUCGGGAGUUCAAGAAUUGGCGAAAUCAGGGCCGCAACUACUUCAAGAGCUACUGGAACUGGGCUGAGGUGAUCAUGAUCUGCCUGUCCUACGCGGCCAUGGUGCUCUACGUCUAUAGGAUAAUACUCACGCAACAGAUACUAAGCGUGUUUAACACCACUCAUGGCAACGGAUACGUGAAGUUACAGUACGUGACCACAAUUGACGAGAUGUUCGGCUAUAUCAUCGCAUUCACCACUUUUGUGGCCAUUUUGAAGUUCAUCCGUAUCUUGAGAUUCAAUAAGCGAAUGGGUAUUCUGUACUCAACGCUCAACCAGUGCUCCAAAGACCUCAAGUCAUUCUGCAUUGUCUUCUGCACCGUAUUCUUCGCGUUCGUCCAAAUGUUUUACCUCUUAUUUGGUCUACAGAUCAGCGAUUUCUCGUCGUUUGUCAACUCGGCUGAGACUACGUUCGGAAUGGUUACAGGAAAGUUUGAUUUCGAUGCCAUAUCCGCAGCGUCACCCCUAUUGGGUCCGUUAGCCUUCUUCGUGUUCGUGUUGGUGGCGGCCAUAGUAUUGAUCAAUAUAUUCCUCACUUUAAUCAUCUCUGCCUUCGAGUCCGUCAAACACGAUGUGAUGAAACAGAACAACGACUACGAGAUCAUGGACUUCAUGAUGAAGAAAGUGAAGGGAAUGUUUGGUUUGGCGACCGCCGAUCCCGGGGCCGGUGCUGGAGAUGCCGACGACACGGCCAACACCAUUGAGGAGCAGUUGACUCUAUUCCCCGACAAAAUCGAUCGUCUCUUGCAUUAUAUCAAUGAUAUGUAUUUCGACGGACAACUCGACGUCAAUAACAAGAGCGCCGUUAGGCGUAUGGCACUCAACGCUAACAGAGCCCGAGUGACCCCAACACCGGUCCCACCGCCCACUGCCGGCGGUCGCAGGAGAGCCCGGGGCCGACAGAGUCAGGCAAAUCUGGCCGCACGGCUCAGUCAACCCAAGAUUCAGGUCUUGGAUUGGAUGGAAGUGGACGAAGACGCGAAGAAAUAGGUUUAAUGGCUAUCUAUUGGAUCUAUUGGAUCAAUCUAUUGGAUGGAUAUGUUUUUAAUGUAUGAAUUUUAAUGAACUGUUUGUUUAAUAAUCAAAAAGUGUCACAUUUACUAUAUAUGCAAAAAUAUUUCUACUCUAAUCAAUAGUUAUUAAUAAUUAAUGAUUACUUCACUUUAGUUUUGCACUCUAUUUCUAACUGUUAUACAC